AUGUUACGGCCUCACAACGAUGAUUACAAACAAAUUAGGGUCCUAGGAAAGGGAGCUUAUGGCGAAGUAUGGCUUGUGAGCAACAAAGAAAAUCCAGACGAACAGGUCGCGUCAUUAGUUGCUCUUCAACGACUUAAACAUACAAAUGUUUUACGUCUUCAUGACGCUUUUAUUAAGCGUCGCGAUGAUCAAAUUUCUCUAAAUAUUUUAUGUGAAAAAUGUGAUUGGGAUUUGGCCGAUUUUUUGCAGAAAAUACCCCAUGACAUGUGCAAUGCUCAAUGCAAACAUUUUGUUACUCAAAUGUUUAAUGGAAUUGACUUUCUUCACUCAAAUGGAAUAAUCCAUCGAGAUCUCAAGCCUCAAAAUAUUUUGGUAAACAGAGAUCAGACGUUACGGAUUGCCGAUUUUGGUUUAUCCCGAAAUUAUGGACUUCAUGCAACUUUUACUACUGAAGUUGUUACUUUAUGGUAUAGAAGCCCUGAAUUAUUGUUGCAAUGCAAGUAUAAUACGAGUGUAGAUAUUUGGUCUGCGGGAUGUAUUUUUGUUGAGCUAUUUACACGAACAGCUUUGUUUCAGGCAGACAGUGAGGCGCAACAAUUACACGUUAUUUUCGAGAAAAUUGGCACCCCCAAAGCAAAUUUAUGGCCUCAAGAUGCAAUUGUUAGUCGAGUUUCCUUUCCAGAAUAUAAACCUAUUCACCUAACCAUUUUUGCACCUAAACUUCCUUCUUUAGCUUUAAAUUUAGUUUCACAAAUUUUUAAUUUUAAUCCGUAUGAUAGACCUACUGCUUUGGAAUGUCUACAACACGAAUAUUUACUUUAA